AAACAGUUUUUUUUUCGCAUAUGCAUGUACAAAAAAUUAUGAUCAAUGAAAAAAAAGCAACAAUCCAAUAAAAUAGAGUUAUUGUAAUAGAUAUAAUUUAUAAGCACUCUCAUUAUUAAUUGGUGCUCUUAUUUUUGUACACGACAACUUAUAUAAUGGAGAAUCAAGCUGUCGAAUCCGUCCCUGCAGGAGACAAAGUCGAAGAAGUAGAAGCCGAGGGCGACAAGAGUAGUUUCGAAGUAUGUGACAAUGGUAACUCCGCUGACCUGGAUUUCAAUAGUGCUAACUUUGACAGUGAUGAACAAGUUGAGUGUGACAACGGCGAUUCUACUAUCGGAGCCGAGCGGAUUUGUAUCCUGGAUCCUGAGUCAGAGGAGCUUGAUUUCAAUCAUUCGAGACUGAGUAAGCUGGAGAAUCUCGAGCCGCUGACAAAAAUUAAAAAAUUGUGUUUUGAUUGGAACCUGAUCUCGAAGAUUGAAAAUUUGGAUACACUUGUCACUCUAGUUGAAUUGGAAUUACGUGAUAACCAGAUAACAGUAAUUGAAAAUCUCGAUUCUCUGGUGAAUCUUCAAGCUUUAGAUAUUUCAUUUAAUCGAAUCAAAAAAAUAGAGAAUCUCGAUCGACUGACAAAUUUAAAAAAAUUAUUUUUAUCUUCAAAUAAAAUAACAAAAAUUGAAAAUAUUUCGCAUUUAAAAAAUCUGACAAUGCUGGAGUUGGGUGACAACAAAAUACGCAACAUUGAAAACCUGGACGAGCUGACAAAUUUGAAAAACUUAUUUUUGGGAAAAAAUAAAAUAUCGAAAAUAGAAAACUUGAGCCACUUGGUCAAUCUCCAGCUGCUGAGUUUGCAGAGUAACCGCAUUACGAAGAUUGAAAACUUGGAAACUCUGACCCAACUUGACCAAUUGUACUUGUCAGAGAACGGGCUGACUUGCAUCGAGGGACUGGAGUCCUGCAAGUUGCUGACUACACUCGACAUCGCCAAUAACCAGAUCAAGAAGAUCGAAAACAUAAAACAUUUGGAGUUAUUGGAAGAGUUCUGGAUAAAUAAUAAUCAAAUCGAAGAUUGGACAGCAAUCGACACUCUGGCUGAGAAUAAAAAGCUACAGACAGUUUAUCUGGAACACAAUCCGAUUGCAAGUGAUCCAAAUUAUAGAAGAAAAAUAAAAUUACUUUUGCCCUGGUUAGUCCAAUUAGACGCAACACUUUGCAGGUAAAUUGGUGAUAGCCUUAAAAAAAAUAAAAUCGUCCAAAACUCUAAACCUUAUUCCCAAUUACUCAGAACUUGGGUCCUUUUUUUUUACUUGAAUAUUUAAAAUACUUAUACUGAAUAUUAUAUCUUUGAAACAAUGAAUACUUUCCAUUUUAAAUGGUAUUUAAUAAAUAAAUAAAUAAUUAAUACUAUAAUGUACUGAAAGUAAUUGGAAUUACCUCAAGUUUAUCAGCAGCUUCCUGUCAGUAAUCUGAAUAAAAAAAAUGUUAAAUGUUAACUAAGUUAAUUAUUAUCGUAUAAAUAAUAUUUAUAUAUACUUUUUUAAAUAAUACUCACUUUGAAGGAAAUUUAUUUCUCAUAAUUGUGUACUGAUGUAUUAUUCAAACUUUUUGACCAAA